AGGGAAAGGAAAUUUUAGAGAAAUCGAAACUACUUAGGAAAGAGAGGUCCCCCUUCUGCUCACCCCACACCCGACCCAGCACAAUCCCUGUGUCUGGACCACACCUGCUCCGUCUCUGCAUCAAGAAACCCACUUCCCAAAGCAUCUCCUCUGCCCGCAACACCGACUUCGCCUGAUCCUGAGAUGCUCAGGGAGGAGCACGAGGUGGCCGUGCUGGGGGCUCCCCAGAGCUCAGCCCCCGUGGCCACCACGGUGAUCAACAUCCGAAGCGAGACCUCCGUGCCCGACCACGUCGUCUGGUCCCUGUUCAACACCCUCUUCAUGAACUGGUGCUGCCUGGGCUUCGUGGCUUUCGCCUACUCCGUGAAGGCGAGGGACCGGAAGAUGGUGGGAGACAUCACUGGGGCCCAGAGCUAUGCCUCCACCGCCAAGUGCCUGAACAUCUGGGCCCUGGUCCUGGGCCUCCUUCUGAUAAUUGCGUUCAUCAUCGUUUGCACCACUGGCUCCCUGGUAAUUUUCCAAGCAGUUCUGCAGCUCAUACAGGAUUACAGAGGCUACUAGCAUCUGCCUGCGGCCUGAGGCAGCCCCUCUUUUCACAGCAGCACAUACACAUGUGUGUCUACAGUUUAAUAAAAGAAAGCCUUUUCUUG